GCUCAGGCCCGCGCCCCUGGAGGGAGCCCCCGGCGCAGGGAGGCCGCGCGGACCCGCCACCAGGCUCCAGAAUGGCAGAAGACGAUCCAUAUUUGGGAGGGCAUGAACAAAUGUUUCAUUUGGAUUCUUUGAAUCAUACAAUAUUUAAUCCAGAAUUAUUUCAACAAGAGAUGCCACUACCGACAGAUGGCCCAUACCUUCAAAUAUUAGAGCAACCCAAACAGAGAGGAUUUCGUUUCCGUUAUGUCUGUGAAGGUCCAUCCCAUGGUGGACUCCCCGGUGCGUCCAGUGAAAAGAACAAGAAGUCCUACCCUCAGGUCAAAAUCUGCAACUAUGUGGGACCUGCAAAGGUUAUUGUUCAGUUGGUCACGAAUGGAAAAAACAUCCACUUGCAUGCACACAGCCUGGUGGGAAAACACUGUGAGGAUGGGAUCUGCACUGUAACUGCUGGACCCAAGGACAUGGUGGUCGGCUUUGCAAACCUGGGUAUACUUCAUGUGACAAAGAAAAAAGUAUUUGAAACACUGGAAGCCCGAAUGACCGAGGCCUGUGUAAGGGGCUAUAAUCCAGGACUUUUGGUGCAUCCUGAUCUUGCCUACUUGCAGGCGGAAGGUGGAGGAGACCGGCAGCUCACAGAUCGGGAAAAGGAGAUCAUCCGCCAGGCAGCUCUUCAGCAGACCAAGGAGAUGGACCUCAGUGUGGUGCGGCUCAUGUUUACAGCGUUUCUUCCAGACAGCACGGGCAGCUUCACGCGGCGCCUGGAGCCCGUGGUGUCAGACGCCAUCUAUGACAGCAAAGCCCCCAACGCCUCCAACUUGAAGAUUGUAAGAAUGGACAGGACAGCUGGAUGCGUAACUGGAGGGGAAGAGAUCUAUCUUCUCUGUGACAAGGUUCAAAAAGAUGACAUCCAGAUCCGAUUUUAUGAGGAGGAAGAGAAUGGUGGAGUCUGGGAAGGAUUUGGAGACUUUUCCCCCACAGACGUUCAUAGACAAUUUGCCAUCGUCUUCAAGACUCCAAAGUAUAAAGAUGUCAACAUUACAAAACCAGCCUCUGUGUUCGUCCAACUUCGGAGGAAAUCUGACUUGGAAACUAGCGAACCAAAACCUUUUCUCUACUACCCUGAAAUCAAAGAUAAAGAGGAAGUGCAGAGGAAACGGCAGAAGCUCAUGCCUAACUUCUCGGAUAGUUUCGGCGGCGGCAGUGGUGCCGGAGCUGGAGGUGGCGGCAUGUUUGGCAGUGGCGGUGGAGGAGGGGGUGCUGGAAGCACAGGUCCAGGGUACGGCUUUCCCCACUACGGAUUUCCUACAUAUGGCGGAAUUACCUUCCACCCUGGAACCACUAAAUCUAAUGCUGGUAUGAAGCAUGGAACCAUAGAUGCCCCAUGUAAAAAUGACCCUGAAAGUUGUGACGAGAGUGAUGACAGAGAGACUGUAAAUGUCUUCGGGAAAGUAACCGAAACCACAGCACAAGAUAAGGAGUCCAGGGAUGAGGAUGAUGAGGUUACUCUGACGCACGCAGCAGGAGUAAAGAAAGAGAAUUCCAAGUUUCAGGAUAACCUCUUUCUAGAGAAGGCUAUGCAGCUUGCCAAGAGGCAUGCCAAUGCCCUUUUUGACUAUGCGGUGACAGGAGACGUGAAGAUGCUGCUGGCUGUCCAGCGCCAUCUUACUGCAGUGCAGGAUGAGAAUGGGGACAGUGUCUUACACUUAGCAAUCAUCCACCUUCAUGCUCAACUUGUGAGGGACCUGCUAGAAGUCACAUCUGGUUUGGUUUCUGAUGACAUUAUCAACAUGAGAAAUGAUCUCUACCAGACACCGUUGCACUUGGCGGUGAUCACCAAGCAGGAGGCUGUGGUGGAGGACUUGCUGAGGGCCGGCGCUGACCUAAGCCUCCUGGACCGCUUGGGUAACUCGGUUUUGCACCUAGCUGCCAAAGAAGGACAUGAUAAAAUUCUCAAUAUUUUACUCAAGCACAAAAAGGCAGCACUACUUAUCGACCACCCCAAUGCGGAAGGUCUGAAUGCCAUCCACGUAGCCAUGAUGAGCAACAGCAUGCCGUGUCUGCUGCUGCUGGUGGCCGCCGGGGCGGACGUCAACGCCCAGGAGCGGAAGUCGGGGCGCACGGCGCUGCACCUGGCUGCAGAGCACGACAACAUCUCCCUGGCCGGCUGCCUGCUCCUGGAGGGUGAAGCCCACGUAGACAGCACCACCUACGAUGGAACUACACCCCUGCACAUCGCGGCGGGGAGAGGGUCGACCAGGCUGGCAGCUCUUCUCAAAGCAGCAGGAGCAGACCCCCUGGUGGAGAACUUUGAACCUCUCUAUGACCUGGAUGACUCUUGGGAAGAGGAUGGAGAGGAUGAAGGAGUCGUGCCUGGAACCACACCUCUAGAUAUGGCCACCAACUGGCAGGUAUUUGACAUAUUAAAUGGGAAACCAUAUGAGCCCGAGUUGACAUCAGAUGGUUUACUGGCACAGGGAGACAUGAAACAGCUGAAUGAAGAUGCCAAGUUGCAGCUCUACAAGUUGCUAGAAAUCCCUGAUCCAGACAAAAACUGGGCUACUCUGGCACAGAAAUUAGGUCUAGGGAUACUAAAUAAUGCCUUCCGGCUGAGUCCUGCUCCUUCUAAGACUCUCAUGGACAACUACGAGGUCUCUGGGGGGACAGUAAAAGAGCUGGUGGAGGCCCUGAGACAGAUGGGCUACACUGAAGCCAUCGAGGUGAUCCAGACAGCCUUCUGCAGCUCAGGAACUGCAGCCCCCAGCCCAGGGAAGACCACCUGUCAGGUUCCCUCGCUGCCUCUCUCGCCUGCCUCCACAAGGCAGCAAAUAGACGAGCUCCGGGAGGACAGCGUCUGUGACAGCGGCGUGGAGACCUCCUUCCGCAGACUCAGCUUCACAGAGUCUCUGGCCAGCGGCAGCUCACUGCUGACUCUUAACAAAGUGCCCCACGAUUACGGGCAGGAAGGACCUAUAGAAGGCAAAAUUUAGCCCACUGGCGAUUUCCAACACCAUGUAAACCAAAGCUCUGAAAUUCCACCACAGUGUCCAAAAGAAGGAAGGUCGAGUGCAUCCCGAGGUGCUCCGAGGAAAGCUGCCCACCUGGACCGUUCUGGACUCCACUCGAGGCUUUAGAAAGCCGGCUUCCUUCCCUGGUUCUUAGACGCGCUUUAGCCGGGGUCACGCACGAUAGCAUCUCGCAGUCCAGGCCCCGGCUGGGCGGAGGCCUCACUGGGGUGAGGUGGCUUCUUGAACUUUACCAGCUGCUUUCUGUUGUCAUUGCUGCUGUCCCUCUGCUGCGCUCCCACUGUCAUUACAAGGUGUCCCAGCCCCACCCGGGGUUCUUUCUGGCCGUCCACAGCACGGUUGUGCAUUCAGAUUAAGGAUUAAAGAAAGGGAUAUUUUAAAAUGAGAAGACUCACUUGGUGUAUAAUAAAAAAGGCCUACUCCUUUUUCUGCUGUGGUUA